AUGACCAUGGACCAUUGGCGUCUGUUCGCUCAGCAAUGGCGCGACAGCUACAAGCAGUUCACGCGACAAUCCGCCGCAGAUCCCGCGAGCUCGUGGGUAUCGAUCGAUGAGCACCAUCUGAGGUCGCUAAGACAUCUUAUCGCUGAAUGGAGGCUUGAGGGACUUUGGGAUGACCAGCAGCUGCGACAGCUCAGCUUGGUCUGGCAUCGUCUGGAGCCAUGGGCUGAUUCGGCAAUGGGCGUUGCACUCCUGAACCGGCUGUUUUACACAUGCACACUCUCCAACGGUAACAUGAGUCUUCUUGGGGACCUUCGCAUGUCAAGUGGUAUCCCAUUCACGCAUAUAUUCUCCGCUGAGCUGUUUGGCACUUACAAGCCAUCGCCCAAGGUCUAUCUCGGAGCUGUUGAGAAGCUCGAUUUGCCUCCUGUGGAAUGUGUCAUGGUUGCAGCUCAUCUGAACGACCUCAAGGCGGCGAAAGGGAACGGGUUGCAGACUGUCUACGUUGAACGACCGGGUGAGGAGGACUGGAGUGAUGACGAAGUGGAGAAGGCAAGGUCAGAGGGCUGGGUCGAUUUAUGGGUGAGCAUCAAGGACGGCAGUAAAGGCUUCAUCACUGUCGCUGAGAAACUCGGUAUUGAUGUUUCGGACGCCUGCGAGACCAAGAGGUUGAGCUCCUCGGCCCCGACAGGCAUCUCGUAG